AUGGCGUCUGUUCAUACUACUACCUCGUCGAUACUUUCGUCAUUUCUUCCACGAUUAGCACCUACAACAGCCACUUUCGCAACGAGAUCAACCACUUUAUAUUCACGGCAAUUAUCCCACCCAUUACUCCCAGUACUCACCAUCCCAUCCGCGAUACACCUCAACAUCCCUGGAUUUUUGGAAGGAUUAUGGGAGGGAAUAUUGAAGGCCGUGCCCAAGAAGAAGACUUCACAUAUGAAGAAGAGACAUAGGCAAAUGGCAGGCAAAGGAUUACAAGAUGUUACAAACUUGAAUAGAUGUUCUGCUUGUGGUCACAUUAAGAGAGCACAUUUAUUAUGUCCUUAUUGUGUUGCUGGUAAGGAAUUUUUAGACGGUAUAGCACAGGGGCCUGGUUAA